AUGCGCGAGAAAGUAAAAGAUCACAUUGCUAAUUGUUUGCGUUGUAUCGAAUUCUCACCAGCGAGUGGUAGAGUUGAAGGAUUUUUACACAGCAUCCCAAAGGAAAAGUUACCGUUUGCUACUGUACACAUCGACCAUUUCGGUCCGCUAGAGAAAACUGGGAAGGGUUACCGACACCUGCUUGUCAUUGUCGAUGCGUUCACUAAAUUUAUUAGGGUUUAUCCGUGUAAAUCUACGACAACGGAUGAGUCGAUAAAGUGGCUGCGUGAUUAUUUCCGUGCGUACAGUAAACCGAAACGUUUAAUUUCUGACCGAGGCACGUGUUUCACGUCUGAUGUGUUUGAGGAGUUUUUGCGUACCGAAAGAGUUGAACACGUCCUUACUGCUGUGAGCACGCCGAGAGCUAACGGACAGGUGGAACGUUUCAAUAGAGUCAUAGCGCCGAUGUUGGCAAAAUUAAGCGAAACGCCAUCUAAAUGGGAUCAGGUUUUAGAUAAAAUUGAGUAUUCUUUGAAUAAUACCGUGUGUCGAGCCGUUAACGAAACUCCUUCGCGUUUAUUGUUUGGUACAGAUCAAAGAGGACAAACAAACGAUGUAUUGUGUGAAAUAUUAAAUACAGAUGUCGAGCGCGAUUUAGAAGGAAUUCGUGAUAAAGCUCACACGAGUAUAAAGAGGUCACAAUUUCAAAACACAACACGGUAUAAUUUGAGGAGAAAACCUGCGCGCGAAUAUAAAGUUGGCGAUUACGUGGAAAUCCGGAAUGUUGAAACUCUGCCUGGCGUGAACAAAAAAUUGUUACCGAAAUUUAAAGGACCGUACGUUAUUAAAAAGGUUCUUGACUGCGACCGAUAUGUUAUCACGGAUAUCGACGGAUUUCAAAUGACUCAGCGACCAUAUAAUGGCGUUGUAGCGCCCGAUCAGAUGCGACCAUAUAUUCAUAAGUAA